CUGGAGCCGUGGGUUUCGUAUUCUCACGGCAUUCAUGUAUUAAGGACGUGUUCUAUGUAAUGCAUUUCAACAGCAAUAACCGGAGUUAUAGUUAAGUAGUCGUAGUGCACUUAUUUCAACAAAUGUAUUUAAUGAUUGUUAGAGCUAUCGUGUAAGAAGACAAUAUGUCAUGACCUCGUUAAACAUUUUAUAUUUAUUCGCCCUACAGUCUCAGCUGUGACUAUGGAUCAAAAUCAGGAAAAACCACCAAAAAAAGGGAUGAUCUCAGAAACAAUUUAUCAUGUACGCGUCUGGUAGUCAUCAAAAUACACAACGAUUUUUCCCAUAAUACAACUUAUAUGUAUUUACAUCGAAUGACAUCAAGUAAUUUUGUAAUGCUCCUGAUAAUGUAAAUGUGAUAAUGCAGCAACACAAUUUAAAUGAAGAAAUGCGCAUUAUUUAAUUAUAUUUAGUUAUAAUAUUCUCGUUGUUAUAACUACGCUUGAACCACUAUGAGGUGUCUUCAUCAAUGCAAGAGCCCCGCCGAAAGCCUUAUGCGCAAAGUUUUUAUUUAUAUCAAUGCUAUUUUUACGGUCCUGCAUGCUAACACAUCGCGCAUAUAGAAACGUUCUCGUAGAAAUUAUUACUGAGUAUACACGAAUUCCUCGUCCGGAGAUUUUCUGUCGUUGUUGUAUGGAAUGCACAACGGGUCCAGUGCAUCGCCACUGAAUAUCAGCUGAUAUUAUUGACGUGUCGCAGGAAUAAUAAAACCAAAAAAUUAAACUUUAAAUUAAAAAAGUGUAAAACUUUUACUUUAAAUUAUCGAUUAAAAAAAAAAUUUAGUUCGUUAAAAUUUAAUUGAUAAAUCAGAAAUAAUAUGCCCAGCAAGCAGUUCCUAUCGACCCUCAGCAUCAACUCGGAUGGUGGUACCUCUUCGUUUCUUAGAGCAGCUCGUUCUGGAAAUCUCGAUAAAGUAAUAGAACAUCUGAAAAAUAAAAUUGAUAUUAACACAUCAAACUCUAAUGGUUUAAACGCUUUACAUCUGGCAUCUAAAGAUGGUCACUUAGAAAUUGUCCGAGAGCUUUUAAAGAGAGGUGCUAAUGUUAACUCUGCAACAAAGAAAGGAAAUACAGCUCUUCAUAUUGCUUCUUUAGCCGGCCAAUAUGACGUAGUAGUUACUCUUGUUGAAAAUGGUGCUAUAGUCAAUGUGCAAAGUCAAAAUGGAUUUACUCCUUUGUAUAUGGGCGCUCAAGAAAAUCACGAUAGAGUUGUUAAAUAUUUAUUAGCAAAUGGAGCCAACCAAAAUUUAGCAACCGAGGAUGGAUUUACUCCGUGUGCUGUUGCGAUGCAACAGGGUCACGAGAAAGUGGUAACAGUGUUAUUGGAAAAUGAUACUAAGGGUAAAGUUCGUCUACCUGCGUUGCAUAUUGCAGCAAAGAAAGAUGACUGUAAAGCUGCUGAUCUACUCCUUCAAAACGACCAUAAUCCAGAUGUUACAUCCAAGAGUGGAUUCACUCCACUACACAUCGCUUCUCAUUAUGGAAACGAUGGUAUCGCUAAAUUACUUCUUACUAAAGGUGCUGAUGUAAAUUACUCAGCUAAACACAAUAUAACACCCUUACAUGUGGCAGCAAAAUGGGGGAAAAGCAACAUGGUAUCAUUAUUAUUAGAAAGUGGAGCCAACAUUGAAGCGAAAACAAGAGACGGACUGACUGCUUUGCACUGUGCCGCAAGAUCGGGACACGAACAAGUUAUAGAUAUGUUAUUACAAAGAAACGCUCCGAUAAGUUCUAAGACAAAGAAUGGUUUAACAUCACUUCACAUGGCUGCUCAAGGUGAUCACGUAGAGGCGGCUAAAGUUUUGCUGAAUAAUAAUGCUCCUGUAGACGAUGUAACCGUGGACUAUUUGACAGGUCUUCAUGUGGCUGCUCAUUGUGGACACAUACGAGUAGCUAAGCUCUUACUGGAAAAACAUGCAGACCCGGAUGCCAGAGCCCUUAAUGGUUUUACACCAUUGCAUAUCGCGUGUAAGAAAAAUCGCAUUAAGGUAGUUGAACUACUUCUCAAAUAUAACGCUAGCCUUGAGGCUACCACUGAAUCUGGACUAACUCCCUUGCAUGUUGCAAGCUUCAUGGGUUGCAUGAACAUAGUUAUAUUUUUAUUACAACACGAAGCUAAUUCAGAUUUACCAACUGUAAGAGGAGAAACACCAUUGCAUUUAGCUGCACGAGCUAAUCAGACCGAUAUAAUACGGAUAUUGCUUCGAAAUGGAGCUCAAGUUGACGCUAGAGCAAGGGAAAAACAAACACCUUUGCAUAUCGCCUCAAGACUUGGUAAUGUGGACAUUGUAAUGUUACUAUUAGCGCAUGGGGCAGCAGUUGAUUCAACUACAAAAGACUUGUAUACUGCUUUACAUAUAGCUUCUAAGGAAGGCCAAGAGGAGGUUGCAUCAGUGUUGUUGGAUAAUGAAGCCUCAGUGAUAGCAACAACAAAAAAAGGUUUUACCCCAUUACACUUGUCGUCUAAAUAUGGAAACAUUAAGGUGACUAAAUUAUUACUUCAAAAAGAAGCUCCUGUCGAUGCUCAGGGAAAGAAUGGUGUAACUCCGUUACAUGUAGCAAGUCACUAUGAUCAUCAAGCUGUAGCAUUGAUGUUAUUAGAUAAACAAGCUUCACCUCACGCAGCAGCAAAAAAUGGCCAUACUCCUCUACACAUUGCAGCAAAGAAAAAUCAAAUGGAUAUAGCAAAUACUUUAUUGGAUUAUGGAGCAAAAACAAAUACUGAAUCUAAAGCUGGAUUUACACCUCUUCAUUUGAGUACGCUAGAAGGAAAUGUCGAAAUGUCUACAUUACUACUAAACCAUAAUGCAGACCCUAAUUCCAAAUCAAAGAAUGGUUUAACCCCAUUACAUUUAUGUGCUCAAGAAGAUAAGCAUAAAAUAGCUGUUGUAUUGGAUAAUUACCAUGCAGAUAUUAAUUCAGAAACUAAGACUGGGUUUACUCCCCUACACGUAGCUUGUCACUUUGGUCAGCUAAAUAUGGUAAGAUUUUUAACAUCUCGUCAAGGAAUAAACUUAAACGCAGUUACAUCUUCUGGGUAUACACCUCUUCAUCAAGCGGCUCAACAGGGUCAUUCGACUAUUGUUAGUCAUUUAUUGGAGAAAGGAGCAGAUCCUAACUUAUUGACAAACCAAGGACAAACACCCCUAUCUAUUUCUCAAAAGCUAGGUUACAUUAGUGUUGUUGAAGCGUUGAAAAACGUCACAAAAGCUAAACCAACUUCAACAUCCGAUGAAAAAUAUAAAGUUAAUGCGCCAGAAACUAUGCAAGAAACGUUUAUGUCUGAUUCAGAAGAUGAAGGUGGUGACGUUUUACAAAGCGGAAGCGUCGAGUACGGUCUCAACACUAAGGCUCCGCCGAUAGACAGUGUAAUCGCAUCGUCACGAGAGGAAACCUUGAUAAAUGAGCAGUCUUAUAGAUAUUUGACGGGAGAAGAAAUGAAAGGUUUCGGUGACGAAUCGGCUCCUAUUGACGUCACCCGGGACGAACGAUGUGAUGCUAACACCGCUGCACCUCCUUCGUCAAUAGAUGAUAUUAUAAGUCCGCAAACCGUUUAUGACCAAUACAGUGGACCAGUGGAUAACAUCGACAUAGUUAAAUAUCCUCCUCAUAUUGGUCGUCUGCAAUGGAAAACAUUUUUGGUGAGUUUCUUGGUGGAUGCACGAGGAGGAGCUAUGCGGGGUUGUCGCCAUAGUGGAGUACGUGUAAUAGUUCCACCACGCCGGGCGUCAAUGCCAACACGUGUCACCUGUCGAUAUUUAAGACGCGAAAAGCUAGUACAUCCUCCUCCGUUGAUGGAAGGUGAAUCUCUGGCUAGCAGAAUAUUGGAAUUAGGACCCGUUGGAGCAAAAUUCUUGGGACCAGUAAUGAUUGAAGUGCCGAACUUUGGAUCUAUGCGUGGAUCUGAAAGAGAAAUUGUUGUUCUGCGAUCCGAUAAUGGAGAAACUUGGAAAGAACACACGGUGGAAGUGACUGAUGAAAUAGUGAAAGAUAUACUUGGAUAUAAUUUUGAUAAAGAAGAUCGUGAUCCAUGGCAUUCGGGCAAUCGAUUAACAAGAAUUGUUACCACUGAAUUUCCUCAUUACUUUGCAAUUGUGUCCCGUGUAAAACAAGAAGUGCACGCGAUUGGUCCUGAGGGAGGAGUGGUAUCGUCAACGGUGGUGCCUCAAGUUCAGGCGGCGUUUCCACAAGGAGCGCUCACUAAGCGUAUUAAAGUCGGCCUACAGGUAAACUUGUUUAAACCGCGACGAAACGUGGCCAGCACGUGCCUAAAGAAAAUAUCUGUGAACCACGUGCCAAAAAAAAAACGGUUCUCGCUGAUGUGGUAAACAUUAAUAUAACUAUUUAAAAUCAAACAAAAAUUAUGACCGAACUCAAAAUUUUAAACUGUUUCCUUUACUCACGCUUCAUAUUAAAGUCACUAAAAUAAAAUUCUUUUUCAUUUUGCCAUCUAGUUAUUUUACCUAAAAUAAAUAUUACUCUAGUCAUGAAUUACGUAAACAAUGAACUUCAUUCUGGUUAUUUUUUUAAAGUUCAGUGAAACUUACGAUGGUAAAUAUUUAAGUAACCACAAUUCUUUCGAAUUAUU